UUCAAACGCAGGAGCUAGGAGGAGCAUUGCCGAGCCCGCAUAGCCCCUGAAACCACAGGCCCCUCCAGUUCCCACCAUCACCUGAGCCGAGCCCUGCUAGCGUCCGACCAUGAGCUACUUCAACCAGCAGCAGGCUCCCGUCACUGCGUACCCACCGCCGCAGGCCAACUACGUGGUGGUCGCGCCUCCGGCGGGGAAGACGGCGUACCUGCCGACUGCGCCACCGCCGCCGCCAGGCUACCCGGGCAACUACGACGUGGCCAUGGGUGCUCCGCAGCCCGCAAAGACACAGAGCCGCGGUGACAAGGGUUUCUUGGAAGGAUGCUGUGCGGCCAUUUGUUGCUGUUGCCUCCUCGACAUGUGCUUCUGAAGGACACAAAGAGCCAAAGUAUAGAAACCAUUUUGCUGCUUCUUAAUUCUAGUGUUUACUUAUGGACCAUCUAUUUUGGUCUGGAGUUGCAAGGGAGAGAAUCCGUUUGUAACUAGAGAACUGUAGGUGCAGUACCAGUUGCGCCUUCUAUUCUGUUAUGUUGGCAUAAGGUCUGUAUUUCUGCACCUUUGUAUGAGCCUAAUAAAGAAUCG